AUGGCUGAUAUAAGGAAAUACUAUAUAGUAAUUACAGUUGUUGAAAACCCAUCUUCGAGUGAGUGUGAUGCACCAGAGAUAGGGUUGUUGGCUCCAGACAUGGUCUUAUACCUUGAUAUAUCACCAGAGAAAGCUGCAGAAAGAGGUGGUUAUGGUGAUGAAAGAUACGAGCGUCUUGAUUUUCAAGGGAAGGUCAGAGAAAAAUACCAGGCUCUUCAUGAUGCCUCAUGGAAGAUGGUUGAUGCCUGCUUGCCAAUGGAAGAAGUCCAGAAGAAGCUCAGAGAAUAUGUGCUUGAGUGUGUUGCGGCCUGCAAAAAUGGAAGGGAUCUUUCUCACUUCUGGUCACAGUAGGCAAGCUGCUAUAUG